AUGCCCUCGUCCAAGGCUGCCAAAAAGAAGCAGCGCCUCAAGAAGGCAGCCGCUGAGAGAAACGCGGGCAGUUCCGAGAUGACCCAAGAGGACAUCACUCCCCUGGUCUCCGGCCUGGAGCCCAAGUCCUAUGAGCAAGUCAUCGUCGAUGCUGCUCGUAAAUUUGACGAUGUUGCCGAUAUGGUCGUCGAGCAGCACCAAUCACUUGUCAAAAUUCGGGCCCAUGAGCAAACACUUGUUGCCGACUUUGCCCGAAUGACCAAGACAAUUGAGAGAUCCCUGGGUGCAAAAUAUCACGAGCUUCUUGCCCCCACCACAGCCGAAGAUCGUCCCACACGGGUCCGAAAGUACGACAAGAAGCUGGCCAACGACAUCGAUGCCGCUCUGAACUACAUGACCGCUGAGAUCACGCCCUACUCGCUCUAUGCCACCAAAUUUGCGGCCUUGGACGGCAUGCGGGCUGUGUUGGAGAGCAUUCUCCGCUGCCCCAAGCCUCUUCUGAGCGCUCUAUCCCGACAGCCAUCGUUCAAGAGUUGGGACAUCAAAUUGAUGGUGGUGUUGAAGCAUCUGAACUGCGAUGACAUAUGCAAGCUCAACGCCUGUGUCUCCUCCACGAGAUUACGGACAAAAAGGUCUUCAGUCAUUAGAUCGACCAUGCCUUUCAGUUCAAGCUGUGAACACGAGGUGACCAUCCGACAGAAGAGUCCGCCUGUGCCCUCCCCGGCUGAGGCUUCAUCCUCGCAGAGCCCUUCACUCGAGCCCGACCUGGCUGGGCCUUCCGAGAGCGUCUCCUUGUCCGAGCCGGUCAAGACAGAGCCCCCCAAGGCAAAGUUGACCAAGGGUGAGCUCAAAAACAUGGUCUCUCCCCUUUUCCCCUCUAUUCUCGAGCAGAUCAUGACCUCCACAGCUCUCGCCCAUGCCUCAGUCAUCCCUGCGCUCAGGGCCGUCCGGAAGAUCAAGGCUGCGGCCGAAUCAUCGAUGGCCCAAGACUGGGCUCGAGUUGCCGGGGUUGUACACAGCGGCCUCAACGAUCGCUAUCGUAUCCGCAAGACCUACCGCCACGGGUUUAGUGUUCACGCCUAUGUCAACGAGUCGGCCGAAGUCACGGACGAGGCACUCACCAAGUUCUAUAUGGAGCUCAAGAACCUUUACAAGCCCCUUCUCGCCACCAAGAUAGCCGCUUUGGAGAGUUGUCGCAAGGUUCUGCAAGAUCUCCUAUGCUGCCCCGAUGAACUGAGAGAUGCCAUUUACUUCCAUGUCGGUUCCGAUCAAACCAAUACUUGGGCCUUCAACAUGGUGAAGAUUCUGGACUGGUUUGAAGGCGGGGAGAUUUACAAGCUGGUCAAGGACGAAACGGAUGAGCCGAAUGAGUUUUGGACGAAGCGCAGCGUGCCAGCUCUGAUGGAGCUUGUGAAGGACAAAGCGCCAGUCGGCCACCCCGACAGAAGGGAGUUCUUUCGUGGUGGUCUCCGGGAGGUCUGGCUGCGCGUGUAUGCCGCAGUCAUCAAGUAUGGAGACCCCCUCAAGACGCUCAUGUUUGAGGGCCUAUGUGUCUGCUGUUAUUGCGACGACCUUGAUGAGGAAGAUUACUGCUCUUGUGGGAACGGCGAGGGCUUUGACGAUGAGGAGGAUGAAAGCUUCCAUGAAGCGAUGUUGGCCUUGUUGUCUCCGAAUCCUUUUCUGCUCUGA